AUUUCGCUAGACCCAGGUCGACCGUCGUUUGAGUUUCGGGGGAUCUAGAGCUCGGUGAGGAUGAUUGUUGUUGUAUUCGUCGAUUAGACGGAUUUUGAUUUCUUUGGGUUGGGUGGUUUUUGGAGGAGAGGUAAGGAUGGAUUUUCAUGGCAUGAAGCGCAGAGAACUCCAGGCAUUGUGCAAGAAGCACAAAAUUCCUGCGAAUUUGUCAAACCAUGAGAUGGCGAACAGGCUUUCGGAAAUUCUCAAGGAAAAUGAAGAGCCAUUGGCUCUAAGGCAAGUUAAAGGUCAAGAAGAGAAUGCUCCUGAGAUCGAAAUAGUUGAUGUUGUUAUGGAUAGGAAAGCUAAGAAAGUAAGGUUUAGUCCGAACCAUGAACUGUUUGAGUUUACUAGGUCCAUAAACAUAAAAAGAAGAAGCAAGCGAAAUUCUGUUUCCAUCAAGUCUAGUAGUUUAUCUGUUGAGAAUGUGGAUGGUAGUGAGAUUAAUAAUGGAAAUGUGUGUAAACCUGGUAAUGGCACACGUUCUAGAGGUUCAAAACUAACGGGUGGCAAGGAAAAUGGCAAAAAGAGAGGAAGAAAUGGCGUGAAUUGCCACGAUCAGAAGAGUGAUGUAGCGUUUAGUGAUAAUUUAGUCAAUAGUGAAGUAGGGGAUACUGAUGUUAAUGUUCCAAGAAGGACGACGAGGUCGAGAGGGAAGGUAGGAAUAGAAGAGGCAGCCAGAAAUGAAAGCAAACAGGAAAGGAAAAGGGAAAACAAUGGAUGUGAAAGAGAGAAGAAUGCUCUGGAUAACGAUGAUGAUAAGUUGAAUAGGGAAAUGGUGGAAAUUCCCCGUAGACCUACAAGGUCUCAAGGUCAGAAGUUGGAAGAUGUUACGGAAUUGACAGGAAAAGGAGUAGAGACAACCAAACAUGAAAGCAAACAGCAAAGGAAGAGAGCAAAAAAUAAUCAUGAAAUAGAAAGGAGCGCUCUUGACAAUGGCAGUGAUGAUAAGUUGGAUAAGAAAUUGGUAGACAUUCCUGGCAGAGUUACCAGGUCUAGAGGUCAGAAACUGGUGGAAAGUGCUGGCCCGAAUGAUGCUGAGAUUGGUGAUGGUAAGGCAGAUGGUAUGAGAACAAAAAAUAACAGCAAGGCCCGUGAGGAAGUUUUGAAGAAUCAGGAAAUUGCUGAGGCACAUGCAAACGUUGGACCUCCAAUUGUAUUGAGACGAUCUAGAAGGAAUGCAAAUAGCAUUGAUGAUUCUGAGAUCAUUGAUGAUGGCAAAAAGGAGAAAAAGAAGGGUGAAAUUAAGGCCAUGAAGAAAACAAGAGAACUGGUAACAGAAGGAUCAUCGCUUGAUACAGAAAGCAUUGGAGCUAAAAUUGUUCCAAAUGAAAUGGUUGGUGUACAAGUUAAAGGAAGCAAUAAGUUGGAUCGAAAAAGAAGAAAUACAAGGAAAUCUGGAAAAGAUGGAAUCAAGUCACAAGAAGGAACUGCCCAAGAAGAUUCUAAAGAAGAAAACAACAAGCUUCCACAGGCUACUGAAGUUGUGAGGAGGUCAAAGCGUGGUGCUUCAAGUCUUAAACCUAUUUCCAAUGAAGAAAAACUCAAUAUUAGCACAAAUGUGGAGAAUAAAAGAACUACAAGGAAUUCUUCUAAGAAUAAAUCUUCAGAUUUCGGUGGACAUUGUAUUCUUCAACCAGAGAAUGAAGCAAGGAAGCGAAAGAAAGGCUCCAUUUCUGAUGAUGUCAAAAGCAACAGUGAACCAAACAGUUUAACCCUGAUCACGUCGAAAGAAAAUGGAAGGAAAAAAGUAGCACCUGCAGCUGCAACUGGAGUCGAAGUUGUGAGUAAGAGGAUGCAAGAUGCAACAUCUCAAGAGGGUUACCUGAAAACUGAAGACUCGUCAAUUGUGGAUGCCCAGCAAACUGAGCCAGAAGUUGCACCAUGCAAAGAUCUGGAUUCAAUCAAUGGCAUGGGUGCAGAUAACUUAAUUGGUGAUGUGGAACUGACUUCCAGCAGAAAGAGUCCCAGGAUGAAGAAAGAUGCCAAUGAAGCAGAUGGUGCUGGUAGUGCUGAUCCUGAUAUAAAGUUGAUCGAGAUAAAGGAAUUGGCAAAGUCUGGCGAGAUUGCAGCAGUGCCAGGAUAUGCAGAUUUAAAGGCAGAUGACAUUGAUCCUGAGAAGCAAAUUUCAUUUGGCUUGUCUAGUGAAGUGACGUGCAGCAAAAAGAGUCCCAGGACGACGAAAGAUGCCAAUGAUGCAGAUGGUGCUGGUAGUGCUGAUUCUGAUAUAAAGCUGAUCGAGAGAAAUGAAUUGGCAAAGUCUGGCGAGAUUGCAGCAGUGCCAGGAUAUGCAGAUUUAAAGGCAGAUGACAUUGAUCCUGAGAAGCAAAUUUCAUUUGGCUUGUCUAGUGAAGUGGACACAAUUCAUUUGCCUCUGGAGUUUGAUGCUCAGGGUUCAACUGAACAAUGCAUAUCAGAAACAGAUAGUUAUGAAAAUGAACCUCACUUUGUUGGCCGAACAGAGGAUUCAGGCUGCAAGAAAACAACUGAUAGUGAAGUUCUUCCAGAAGACAAAAGUGUUUCAGGAAACAUUAGUUCUGCUGACAGCCUUUUACUUUGUCCGGCAGAUUUCAACUCUAAUCUCAAAGAAACUGAGGGUGAAGAACGCAAACAUGAACAACCAACAUUGGAUGUGGCUAAUAAUAUUGGUGAACUCAAUGACAUUUCUGUUCCUAAAAGCCUGGAAUAUGUUGAAUCAGAGCUUGUUACAGUCAUGAGAUCAUCAAUUGAUUGCCAACAUAGUAAUGUAAUCCAAGACAACCCUUAUGAGGGUGAUGAUUAUGUAAUGGUUCCCAAAGUCACCGAAGCCAUUGCUUUUGAGUCUUGUGGGAUUUCAGAGGCACGUGAAGAAUCUUUUCAUUCAGUUAGUGUCGUCCAGCCAAAGGAACCAUUAUCAAGCAAAUUGAGAACCAUGCAGAAGGAUGAAAUUACAGCUGAAGGAAAUGAAACUGAUGAAGGUGGAUUAGUAAAAGAUGACAAAGAUGCAAGUGCUGAAGACAAUGUAGUCUGUUUGUCUAAUGAAUUUAAUGGAGAAGAGAGUGAAAGAGUAGAUUUGCAGGGCAGAGAGAUGCUUGAAGCUGAAAUUUCAAUUGCGAAAUCUGGUGACGAAGGGAUGCAUAAUGAUUCAUUGUUGAAAACUGAUGCAAAUCUGGAUAGCAGUCCCUGUGACCACAUAGUAGUAAAAGAUGAAGACUACAAUAGCAAGAGCAUGCAUUUAGAGUCAGGCGGAGCUGAUCAAGGUAUAUCUUCUGAGGAUCACACAAGUAAUUGUAAUGAAGACAACGGGGAAUUUACGCUCCAUCUAUUUGAUGCUGAAAGAGGAGCUAACAACACAUCCAAAGAUGGUGAAGCUUUUUCUGCAGAAUAUUCUAUGAUGGGUUCUAAUGAAGAAGGUUGCUCAAGUCUACCAGAAAUAACUCCAUCGAAACUGAGUAAUGCUUCUGAGUCCCACAGAGCUGGAGCUGGUGCUAGUGAGACAAGUGAAGGAAAAAAAGAUGCUAUUUAUCAUGAUAUUAUACCUAGAGAUGACAUGUCAAGAGCCAAGGCUAUCAAUGAUGGGGAAAGUGAGGUUGCAAAUCAAGUUGAUGAAAAUGACAAGGAAGAUGCUUAUGAAUCCGAGCACCAAAACAGCCCAUUGAUUAAUCCUAUAGCUGUUGCUUCCCCUGUUCAAGAUCAUGAAGCAUGGAACAGUGUAAUUGAAAAUGGAAACGUGGGGUCUACUUCUAAGUCCAACAGUGAAGGGGUAGUUCAAGUUUCUAACGCUGAGAAUGAUGCUAAUGAUGCAAAUCGGGGCGCCAAUAUGGAGGACCUUGUUAGUACAUGUACCACAGAUGUAACAAUGUCAAUCUCUGUCCACAAAGGGGGGUUUGAAACACUUAGUGAAGGUGAGUGUGAAAAGAUGGAUGGAGCUGAACCUCAAUUGACUGAUUCAUUAGUAAAGCAGACGCUACCAAAUGCAGAAGGGGAGACUAAUGAAGCAGAACCUAGCCAAAGCUGGACAGAAAUUGAUCUCAACAAUCUGUUUGGAACACCUGAGGAGGAUACUACCUCUGCAGGACGAACUAUCACUCCUCUUGGAGCUGUAACCACGCCUUUAAAAAGAUCAACACUCCUCAGCAGCAGCUUGAUCAAGAAGGAUGAAGAGAUAAAGGGAGAAAGAGGAAGCAAGUCUGCAAAACUCAUAAAUGCUGGAUGCAGUGUAGCCAUGGAAGAUAAUCAGCUUGAAUUGCUCUUUGCAACACCCUGCAAUGUCAUUCAAGCCUCUGCUAAUGACAAAACAUUGGAAACAACUGCUGUGAUAGUGAAAGAAUGUUCUGAGACAAUGAUGGAAGACAUAGCAACUCAAAUGAACGUCGAUGAAGAAAUGGGAGAUGCUAGGCAGGGAUUUGAGAACAACUUUUGCCUUGAAAGUGCAUCAUUAGACGACAGCGAAGAAGUCACUAAAUCAGACUUCCAAGAAAGGUUGAAUGUGGAAUUGGUAAACACUCACACAAGUGAAGUUCCAUUAGAAACUGAAUUCCGAGUAUGUAAACCUUCAGAGGAAAAGUUGACUGAGAUUGCAUGUGAAGAAACAGAGUCAAAGGAAGAAGCUGAGAAUGUGGAACUGGUAGCAGCCAUAGCUCCUUUUGAUGCUGAAUAUAAAGUCCCUGAAGAAUUCAAGGAAGCGACGACGGGGAAUAUUCAUAAUUGGAAGGAAGAAGAGACUCUCUUCCCUAAAUCUACCUCAGAAGCAGAAUAUAAUGUCUGUGAAGUCCCCACUGCACUACUGACUGCUAACACUUGUGAGUAUAGGGAAGAAACAAUGCCAAAUGAAAUUGAAAGUGUGGAAUUGGUAAACCCUUCCACCACUACCGUUCCUAUAGAAACUGAGUUUCAAGUUUAUGGAGAUUCUGGGGCAAAGUUGGUUGAGUACACUUGUGAGCAUAUGGAAGAAAUUCUCUUCAGCACAGAAGUUCAAUAUGAGGAACCAUUGCCUGAGAAUACCUGUGCCUCUGAAGUUCAUCAAGAAGCUGAAUUUAAUGUUUGUGCACCUUCAGUGGAAGAGUUCUCCGAGAAUGCUUGUGAGCCAAAGGGAGAAACGAAGUCAAAUGAAGUUGGUAGUAUGGAAUUGGCAUGUGCCAGCACUGAUGAGGUUGUCCGAGAAGUCGAAUCUUAUUGCUGUGACGCUUCUGAGGGACAGGUAACUGAAAUUUCUUGUGAGGUCAGAGAAGAAGUUAAGUCUGUAGCAGAAAGUCUGGAAGAAGACAUUUUUACUCUCGAGCAAUUGAAUCAGUGUGCGGAAGCCUCAGUGGAAAAAUUUGUUAGCACACCAUCUGGAAAUUUAGAUGAAGCCGAUGCCUAUCUUGAUAUGCUAAUGGAUACUGAAUAUUCAGAAAGUCUCAGUUAUGGAAGUGGAGCUAUUGCUAAAUCCACCAUGGAAGAGGCCUUUGACUUGUCCCAUGGCGAAUUUCAGAAGUCUAAUGUUCCUGAACAGAGCUAUAGUUUUAGUGCCUGCAAUGCUGAUGACGACACAUUAAGGGAUGCAUCCGUAUAUGAUUAUAGCAGCCCUGUGGAUGGAGAAAGAGCAACCUUAGCCAAAGAAGAAGGUUCUUUAUUCAAUGCCUCCGAUGAAAAUGACAAAGCUAUAAUUGAAUAUGCCGAUUUUGCAAAUGGGGUUGACGAUUCAUGUGAAGAUGACAACCCACGACUGUCCCAUGAUAUUUUUGAUGAGCUUCAUGGCAGCAGUGAAGUAGCCAUUAACAAGACCUCAGAAGCUGAUAAGUCUGCAAACACUAAUAGCACAUGCAAGGAAACGGUGGAGGAGAGAAUCAUAACACCCGAGGAUGCACUUGACACAGCUCCUGCUGCAGGACAAGAACCCCCUGUUUGUGUCGAUGAUAUCCUCAGCAGCUUGGACGGAAAUGAAAAUAGUGUUGUCAGCAAACACGACACUGAAGACAUCGAGGGAAACUCAAAUUCAACUCCUGCAUCAGCUAAACUUUCCAUUCCUGAGCUUCAUUCGGAAGCAGGAAAGGAAAAUCUCGACAACAAUGCUGACUCCAUUACAGAGAAUAUCGAUACUGAAUAUUCUUUCCCUGCAACCUCAGUCGAGCGCCCCCUAGAGGACACCAUUGGUGAACUUCCCAAUCCCAACCACGACAUAGUAAAGCCAUCAGUAGAGACAGCAGAAUCUGCUUCAGGAUCAUUGGAAACAUCGAAAUCUAUUGAUCUCACUGAUGAUACCGAAUUAGAGAUGGCGCCGAGCCAGAUCUCUCCCAAACUACAUUCGACUGUGAAAAGGAAUGCCCGAACCAUUCUGAUACAUGGAACUCCUCGAAAACAGAUAGUCAGAGGUGUAGUAGACAUGAAGGAGAAUGCGCCGGCCCACAAGACAUCUUCGAACAUUGGCGAUUUCACGACUGCGAGACCGAAGCGAAAGGCCUUGCAGGAUGUCAAGAGGUAACUAUAAUCAUAAUAAUAAUAUAAACUGCUUUGUGUGAUAUUUCUUUGGAUUCUGUCUUAUGAAUUUCGUGUGAUGUGUUGUGUUCUUUACAUGUUUUUUUUUUGAAAGAACACAUAAGAGUUGUUAGCAUUUCUUGUUCAUUGCAUGCAUGCAUAUCUCGUGCUGGUUUGUAUUUGUGUGUUAGUUACUACGGGUACUUAAUUGUUACUACUUGUGAUUUUAAUUUAGAUUUGAUGUGUGAUUUAU